GUCCAGCUACGGUUAAAGGAACUCGAUUACUCUAGCGUCACGUGCGGUUAUUUAUAAGCUGCGUACGUGUCUAAUUAUGAGAGGGUUAAAGUGUAACUUUUGUCACUGCGGGGUAUCGUUAGCAGCGCUCCUUGCACACUCCCUCUCCCUCUCCCUCUCCCUCGAUCACUGUCCAUGCUCUCAUGACGUUGUUAAUAAAAAGAGCUCUAAACAUGUUGUAAACGCUUUUCUUCUUCAGAUUCCAGAGACGCGACGAGUCGAUUCUCUGUGUAUGUGGGGGAGGAGCUGGAGAAUGUCUUACUCUCAUCAGAAACGCGCCGAAAAAGCUCGGUUAGAGCUGAUAUGCGAAUCUUCGAGGAAGGCGGCUGCGUUGCACGCGAAGAUCAAUGGGAAGGAACUGGAUAAGCCCGAUAUCACUCAAACCUGCGAAGAGAUUCUCAACUCGUCGGUUCCAGUGGCUCUCAGUCUCGUUGACGAGAGGAAAGUAGUAAAGCAGCAUCUAUUAGAGGACGUAACUAGCCUUCGGGUAAUCAAACUAAUUUCUUUUGGUUUUAUAUUUUUUUACUUGGAUUUGUGUGCUCUCUCACACGUGUUUGUCUUUUCUCAGGUAGAAGAAACUAAUGGAGCUUGGCGCACAAAAGCUAUUCCCGAUCCCACUUUACUGCCUCAAGGAAGAACCUAUGCGAGGAAAGAAGCUGUUACGUUGCUUAAGAAAGCGGAUUUUGGGAAUUUUGAUCAAAAGUGGCAGCACAAGGAGAAACAAAGAGCAGGUUCAGGAGAAGGUGGCAAUACAGGUGCUUGGAGUGAACAUGGAAGCAAACAGGACAUAGGCAGCUCAAGCACCACCACGAGUUCUGUUGAUUCCAAAGGGAGAUAUGUUGAUCAAUUAGGAUUUACUUGGAUUGGAACACCUAAAAUCGAUGACGAAUCUACACCUCCUGGCGUUAAAUCUACACCUCCUGGCGUUAAGGAAACAGCAAUAGACGCUUUUGUGGAUAUGGAGACCUUGAAAUUUACAAGUACUGAGAAUGUUUUUCUUCUACGGCCUCAGAUCUCCACGAUACUAGACGAUAUGGGAGAUGAUACGGUCAAGUACAAGCUUGUAAACAUCAAAUCAUUUCUCAUCCAACGCAAGAAUAACUUCGCUAAGUCGGUGUCUAUAGUAAGUAAUUUUUCCAAGGUAUAUCCUCCAAGACGGCUAGUAUGUGGUCCGUGUAAACAAGAUUCAAGAAAUCUUCCCGCUGGAGAAAAAAUGCCUCUUCUAGACCUAGAAAUGAUCAGAAAAAUUUCUGUUUAUGCUAUGACACCUGGAAGAAAGGCAGUAAUGAUCAUAUCCAAUGACCUCUACUUAACUUCUACUUUUGCCGACAAACUGCGGGCACAAUAUAAUGAGUUGACUGUUAUUACUCCAUCAGUUGGAUGCAUGAUACCCGUUGACAUGUAUAGGGAAAAAACGGCUUCUGAUGUUAGGCCACGCAACGUUCAGAGGGGUGCACGCAACGUUCAGAGGGGUGGGGACUAGUCUGUUUGGUUUCUACUCGUUUAUUUCAAACUCUGGUUUGACUUUCAUGAACAAAAGAACACCAAAUGCAGUUUGUAUUUCCAUAAAACGUUUUCCAACAGACAUCACAGUGGUAUGUGUCUCUGAUAACUUGUAGUGUCCAUGAAUAAAUUUCUCCCCAGUGGUUUGUUGUUUUAUGUCGAUAUGUGCAGAUUGAUCCUAGUUGCUGUUCAUGAGUUCAUUAAGCGGACUUCUUCCAUAAACUUGAUUUUUUUUUAUAUGAUUGAUAUUAUACAUCUUUAACAUUUACCUAUAUUAAAUAUUUGAUUAAUGUGAUAUUUUAAAAUAAAAGGUUUUUUUUUUAGUUUAGAUAUUGUUCUGAACCAUCAAUUGUAUUAACUGUUUUUUAGAGAUAGCCUUAGAUAGCCUUAAAUCAAAAAUGUAAAUAUAAAAUCCUUAAAUUUUUAGAUAAUUUUCCUUUUUAUGUUAAAAUGUUUUUAAAUAGAAACACUACACUAAUAUAUUAUUUUGGAAAGCCAUCCAAAACAUAUCACAUACUUUCUAAAAUCUAUAAUAUAUUAUUUACAUUUAAAUAAAUCUAUGUGAUCAUUUACGACAAAUAUUUUCCUUAACCUAGCAGUUAAACCACUACUCUCUCACUGUGUAUUUUAAUGUUCCUUGCUUCGGUUCGAUUCCUCUCGAACGCUUUUUAUUUAAUGAGAUAGAAAAGGUAUUGGUUAUAUCCUUUUAGUUAAAGCAAUAAACAGGUGUAGCACACUUGGCCUAGUGGUGGUCACGCACACUAAGUAUCCUGUUCCGAUUUUUCACUGGUUAAACACGUGGUGCAUGCAAAUUUCUUAUUUUUUUUUGUUCUCAAAAUUAUACAUUACAAUUUUAAACUUACGAAAAAUAUAGAUAUCAAAUCUUUAGUUUUUGAUAUUAUUUUCUUUUUUUUCGUUAAAAUUUUGCUAGAUAGAAACAUCACAUUAAUAUAUUAUUUUGGAAAACUAUCCAAAAUAUAUCACAUGUUUUACAAAAUCAAUAAUAUAUUAAUGUUUAAACUAGAUUUUGAUCCGCGCUUUUUUUUAUUUUAAAAUUAAAUUAUUUAUUUUUAUAUAUUUCUAUAUAAGAUGAUGUAGGUUUGUGUAUAUUUAUCCGAGUGCACUGAACCGUACCAAAUUGGAAAAAAUCCAAAAUUAAGCUGAAUUUCAUAAAUAACUGAGCAUAUUAUAUAUAUCUUUGGAACCAAAAAAUAGAAACCGAACUAAAAACCAAAU